AUGAGUAAAAUUGAAGUUUCGACGGAAACCGCCGCGCCCAGCGUGGCAAUCCACGUGGAGCAGUAUGACGACCAAGACAGGGAGAACAUGACGCUCCUUGAUCUACACGCUCCGGCGCCGAUCAUAACGCCCUCUGGGCAAAUGCGCAAAGUCAAGAGCUUCAGCGACACACACAAAAUUCGUGAUGUUACCUCAGCCUCCGGUGCAGCAUCCGCGCGAUGUCUAAGACCUUACGACCAAGUGACUCCUUACCCUGAAGGUUCCGACAAUGGAACUAACAAUUAUGCUCCAUCCGUCCGGUCGCUGGCCUCUAUUGGAAUGGGAUGCACGGAUGGCCGCAAAAUGGUUAUAAGACGGGUACCAACAUCGCCCACGGAAUUGUUCCAUCUAGUUCGUCCUCCUACGCCCCCUGAUGAGGACACAGCGUCCCAUGAUAGUGAAUUUGAAGAGGAGGAGGAGGAUACAACAGCUCACUUAAAGCCUCGACGACCAUUCUGGGCCAACAAAAUACAAUUUGUGUUGGCCUGUGUUGGUUAUUCCGUUGGACUCGGAAAUGUAUGGCGUUUUCCUUACUUGUGUUACAAAAGCGGUGGAGGAGCAUUUUUAAUACCUUACUUCAUAAUACUCCUAGUGUGCGGUGUGCCAAUGCUUUUCAUGGAAUUAGCCGUGGGCCAAUAUACUGCUCACGGACCCAUUGGUGCGCUUUCACAAAUAUGCCCACUUUUUAAAGGUGCUGGCUUAGCAAGUGUAGUGAUCUCAUUUUUAAUGUCUACUUAUUAUGCGGUGAUAAUCGCAUGGGCGAUAUACUACUUCUUCACGUCGUUCAAAACGGAAGUUCCAUGGGCGAGCUGCUCCAACCGCUGGAACACGGCGCAAUGUUGGGUCCCAUCUCACAACCACACAAAGCCGAACGGUUCUCAAACACCCACUGAACAAUUCUUUGAAAAAAAAGUACUGAGUAUAAGUGAUGGAAUUGAAUAUCCUAAUGGUAUGCGGUGGGAAUUAGCAGCUUGUUUGGUAUGUGCUUGGGUGCUAGUCUACUUCGCCCUAUGGAAAAGUAUCAAAUCUUCUGCCAAAGUCCGCUAUAUAACAACGACACUACCUUUUCUACUCAUUAUUGUAUUUUUGGGACGUUCAUUGACUCUUGAUGGAGCAGAUAUGGGCCUACGAUACUUCUUCAAACCUGAUUGGGAACUCUUAAAGCAAUCAAGACCAUGGGUUAACGCUGCAUCACAAAUAUUUAAUUCGAUCGGGAUCGCUUUCGGCUCGAUGAUAAUGUUCGCCUCUUACAAUCGAUUUGACAAUAAUUUCCUACACGACACUUUAGCGGUUUCGUUAAUUAACGCAGUCACAAGUCUGAUAGUGGGCAUAUUCACGUUUGCUACUAUUGGAAACAUCGCUUUUGAGCAAAACACUUCUGUCAAGGAUGUCAUUGCCGAUAGUCCUGGCUUAAUAUUUGUUGUAUAUCCGCAAGCUAUAGCAAAAAUGCCGGCAUCUCAACUAUGGGCUGUGUUGUUUUUCUUCAUGUUUCUCUGUCUUGGACUUAAUAGCCAGUUCGCAAUUGUUGAAGUGGUGGUGACAUCAAUUCAAGAUGGAUUCCCGGACAUGAUACGCAAAAGACUUGUGUACCAUGAACUUUUAGUGCUGUGCGUAUGUGGUGUUUCAUUAGUGUUUGGUCUACCACACAUAAUCCACAGUGGGAUAUAUUACUUUCAACUAAUGGACUACUACGCCGCCUCACUGAGUAUCACAUACCUGGCCUUCUUUGAAGUCAUCGGUAUCGCUUGGUUCUACGGCGUAGGAAGGCUAUCUAAAAAUAUAAAACAAAUGACAGGUCGCAGACCCUCACUCUACUUCAGAGUAUGUUGGCUGGUAGCAUCGCCAGCGCUACUUCUAGCAUUAUGGGUGGCAAGUCUAGUGGAUUACACACCACCCAGUUAUCGGCAAUACCAAUAUCCAGCGUGGGCGCAGGCGCUAGGCUGGAUUAUUGCUUCUUUCUCGUUACUAUGUAUACCAGUAUAUGCUAUUGCUGUUAUUAUUAAGUCACCUGGGGACACUUUGGGACAGAAAUUCAGGAAUUCAAUACGACCAGCGUCUUUAUGUGAUUGUGGCGUAAACGAUUGCGACAUUUGCUGUUCGGAAUCGGAUCCACCAGAAUUCAAACCCGCAAUAAACUAG